AUGCCAUUAGUGGUAUGCGCCAUUCCGAAUGUACAGAAUUACACGGCAACGUCUUCAUUGAGCGUUGCGUUUCUUGUGGCCGGCGGUACUUGCGUGCCUACGUCGCUCCCACAAUUAGCUUUAAACCCACUGGUAAUCAUUGUGGUGAGUUUAUUUAUGAGCACUUCUGAAUACAAUUUGACGUCAGGGUUAUGUUCGUUCCCUCCGUCUGGCAUAUUGACCGACGUUGUUUUGGACUGGUUCGACCGUUAUGAGGACCACUUCGAGAAGCGUGCCAUUUCACAUGCCCAAGACGCUGACUUCCACUUGACCCUGGGCUCUUCUUUGCACGUGGAACCGGCCUGUCUAUAUGCUUCUUCUGAACACUAUAGGAGAGAGGAUGCGCCUCUAGUUAUUGUGAACUACCAGAAGACACGUCUGGAUGGUGAGGCAACCGUGGUGCUUCACUGCGACGUUAACAAGAUCUGUACGAAGCUGGUUAAACGGUUGAACGUUCAGGUACCACCCUUUAUCCGUAGUUUUGUUAUGGUCGGUUUGCAAUAUAGUCAUCGUGGCUCUAACAAGGUGAUAUUGCGUUUUCCGUGUAUAAUGAGCAUCGCAAUCAACGAGGAGUACAGCGUGUCCGGUAAAGUGUCCCACCGAUGCUUGAAUAUGACCCAAGGAAUGCACGAGUUUGUAUUUACCGGUGAUUUUGAGGCCGUACUGAAGCUGUGGUUUGAUGCUGAGAUGGUGCUGAAGGUUCGGUAUCGCCAUGAUUGUUCGUUGAACGGUUUGGUCUGGAGGGUUUCUCUGGCAGCUACCGAUGGUGUCUACAACCGGCGAAAUAACACACCCAUAGUUCAUGUGUUCGAUGGUGAUGUCGGUGAUAUCACUGUUGCUAGACUUACGUUGUCGUACAAUGCAAACAUGAUCAGCAUGUCUGAUGCGUGCUCUCUCACUGCUGUACUGGGUAGCGGAAAACAUGCUAUCCAAGACUUCGAGCCUCGGACCCUACCAGAGUCUAUGUCAAUAUUAUGUGGGUAUUUUUGUGGUAUCAACAGUUCGGGUGAUGGCACCUUUGAGUCAUUGGUAGACGUGAAAGAGGAUGCAGAUUGGCUAGAAAAGUUCGACACCGUCGAUCACAUGGACUUGUUGCCUGAGGUAAUAAGGCUUUGCAUGGGAUUAGGACUGCAUCGUAAGUUGGGGAACGUUUGCCGUAAUCAGUUUUGUAUUGAUUUGGAGGCAUUAAAAAACGCGAGGAAUGGAUCCAACGAGGUUGGUAACAACUUUUCUCCAUGCAACAUACGUCUGCAAUGUGCUGCCAAACAUGUUUUUGGAGAACUGGUUGACCGUGUACCCCCUGAGCUUCGCAUAUGUCUACCCAGACGUAUCAAACCUAUAGCGGCGUCACGUGUUAAUUCAUUCAACCCCUUAGAUGCGUUGUUCUGUAGUAUGUUGAGGGAUAGUAUCGGUGCCAUAUUAGAGCGGCGGGUAAGAUUCUCAUCUGAGAUGGCAUUGGUCCAACGUUUUAAAUCUGAUUUCCCGAAGUGGGUAGUUUGCUACCUUGCCGACCUGUUCGAGUGUCGAUAA